UAAAAUAAAAUAAUAGUAGUAUUAAUUCAGCUAUUUCUUCUUCUUCUUCUCCAAAUCUCCAUUACCAUCCCUUCAGUUCUUCACCCAAAAUCUCUCUCAUUACCAGAAAUUCAUAAACAAAAUUGAACAAAAAAAACUCAAUAAUAUGAAAAAUGGAUACAGUCAACAUCAUCAUCAACAACUUUAUCACCAUAUCCGCCAUGGAAGCACUGCUUUCUUCUUACCAAUGCUUUGUAAACUUUCAAUCAAAGACGUAAAAUUACAAAACUCAAAACCUCCUUCUUCCGCGAAUUCUUCAACUCACACAGAACCUACUUCCCCAAAAGUAAGCUGUAUAGGCCAAGUCAAACGAAACAACAGAGUAACUGGAUUUCCGACGCCGUACAAGUCUACUUCAUCUACCGCCAUAACUAGACCUGUAAAUUCUAAAGUAAAGUACAUGAAGCUGAGGAAAUUAUUCUCCGGUAAGAAUUUUACUCCCGGAGAUCGGAAAUCUGAUAGAAGUAAAGUUAUCGUUGAAGUGAAUGUUAAUGAAUUAGAUCCGCCGUUACCGGUGGUGAAAAAGGUGAAUCCGGUACCGGCGACGGACGGCGGUUUAUGGAAGAGAAGAUCUGGUGGUAGUGCAUUGAAAAGUUUACAGAUCCAACAGAUUCAGUUACCGAAUCACAAUACAUUACUGCAACCAACCACUGUCUAGUGUGAGUACUGUUUACAAAAAAAAUUACUGUAGAUUUUUUCUUUUUUCUUUUUACAUUUUAUUUUAGUGUAAUGAAUAACAAAGAAUUAGAUUUAAUUUUAUAUUAGCAAUAUUUAUUUCUUUUAAACAAUUUAUGUUUAAUGAAUUAUGUAUGAUAUAUGUAGGGUAAAGAAGAACGUGUUUGGUAUAACACGGAUAAUUUAGAAUGAGAUUAA